CAAAAAUAUACAGCUAUUUAUUGUUUCAAUUAAAAUUAGAACGAAAUCGAAAAACUAAAAAAAAAAAGAUAUUAGAAGGAGGGGAAGAAGAAGAGGAGAUUUAAGAGAAGAGAAUCUGUUUGAAUACACUGCGAAUCAUAUCUUACUCGUACUUUCUUCUCUGUGAAGACGAUGAUGGUAGUUAACAGCUUCGAUUUAUGGCAAAAGGAUGUUUUCUUCCCUGCAGCUGAAGAAGUACAAAAAUCUGCAGAUAUAAUGGAGUCUGCUUAUAGAUUGUGGAUUAGAGAGAAGAAAGAUGACAUCUUUAAGGAACUCCAAGCAGCUUUGGGUACUGCUAAAUGGCAGUUGGAGGAGUUUGAGAAAGCAGUCAGAUUGAGCCAUAGACAGUGUGGGGAUGAUUCGACAUCUACAACAAGGCAUAAACAGUUUGUUGCCGCUAUAGAAAACCAGAUUCGUCGUGUUGAAGCCUCACUGCAAGAAACUUACAGUGAAAAUGGAAAAGAGCCUCUCCGUUGGGUUAAUCUCAGUGAAGAAGAGAGAGACGACUUGGCCAUGUUUCUCUCUGGAUCUUCUUUAACCUCACAUAGCUUUAGUAGUGAGAGCAGCGUCAGGUCAAAUGGAGCUGAAGUUACAGGUAACGGUAAUGGUUCUGAAUGUGUCAUAGACAUUCAAGAAAGCGUAAAACCAAGAAAUGCAGAGAAAACAGCUGGGACAAGAAGGACAUGGAGUUCACCAGAUUUCAGUUCCUUGAGGAUUAUAGUUCCUGGUGAUAACAAACAAGAAGAGGAGAAACUAGUGACACAAAUCGAAGCCACUCCGAAAGUAAAAGGAACUAAGUCCAUAUUAUGGAUACAGAGACUUCCUGAUCAUACUCAGCUCUUGGACAAGAUUGGUUGCUUCAGGAAUCCCAUACGUUUACCAUUUAAUCAUCCUAUCAAGCUCACUGUUUCCUUAAUGCUAAUGGUGUUUCUUCUAUGUGAGUCAAUCUUCACUUGUUUUUUCACCUUAAUGAUUUGGAUUUGAUCUUGUGAGUGUUAAGUUUCUAAUGAGCAUUGGUGUUUAAAACAAUGCAGUACCCUUCGUAGUGUAUUCUUCUUGAGAAUUUAACUGUCAAGAAGCUUAAUCAUCAUCACUUCAAGAACACGUUGAGAUUAAAGAGUGAUUCACAUAUAAUUACUUUGUAUUUGUUGCUUCAGGGAACAUAUAGAAAAUCAGAAACUCGUGACAUUUGAAUAGAGUUUACACUUUGGUUUUGGCUAUCGUUUAUGAAAAAUGUAAAUGUAUAAUACGUUACAUAGUUUUCACGUAUUGCCCUCCUCUCUGGUCCUUUUUUC